AUGGGACUCAAGGAACUACGUUACGCCGCAAAAGUUGACUUGACGAAGGACCCUGCGACGCUCCCGUAUUUACAUAACCGAUGGCACCCUGAUAUCCCAAACUGCGGUACCAUCAAGAAUGGUGAAGUCGUCAAAAUCGAAUGCGUAGAUUGGACCGGUGGACAAAUCGGAAACAACGACAGCGCCGACGAUGUAAAAAAUGUCGACUUGACAAAAGUUCAUUACCUUACUGGUCCCUUUGAAAUUGAAACAGCAGAGCCAGGGGACGUUCUUGUUGUUGAAAUUCAGGAUGUCCAGCCCUUGCAGGAUCAACCUUGGGGUUUCACUGGUAUCUUUGCUAAGGAGAAUGGUGGUGGGUUUUUGGAUGAUAUGUAUCCUAAAGCUGCAAAGGCGAUCUGGGACUUUGAAGGGAUAUUUUGCUCUUCUCGCCACAUACCAGGUGUCCGUUUCGCUGGCCUUAUCCAUCCCGGUAUCCUUGGAUGUGCACCAUCCCCAGAAGUCCUGUCAAUUUGGAAUAAGCGCGAAUCAGAACUUAUCACAUCAUGUUCUCACAUGGAUAGAGUUGUAGCUCUAGCCCCGCAGCCAGUCAAUGUCCACGCUGGUACCGCAUCCGGAGACCUAAAGUCUAAGAUUGGACAAGAGGGCGCUCGAACAAUCCCAGGAAGGCCGGAACAUGGAGGUAAUUGCGAUAUUAAAAAUCUAUCCCGAGGAUCGAAGGUCUACCUCCCCGUCCAUGUUCCAGGAGCAAAGUUCUCUGUCGGAGAUCUUCACUUCUCGCAAGGUGAUGGUGAAAUUUCGUUCUGUGGGGCGAUAGAGAUGGCGGGGUGUAUUACUAUCAAAUUUAGUGUGAUGAAGAACGGAAUGGCGGAACUUGGGAUGAAAAGUCCAAUUUAUAUCCCGGGUCCCGUGGAACCCCAGUUUGGGCCUGGGAGGUAUAUAUACUUUGAAGGAUUUUCGGUGGAUGAGAAUGGGAAGCAGCAUUUUAUGGAUGCAACGGUGGCAUAUAGGCAGACAUCGUUGAGGUGUAUUGAGUAUUUGAGAAGAUACGGUUACUCGGAUUAUCAAAUCUAUCUGUUGCUCUCCUGCGCACCGGUACAAGGGCAUAUAGCAGGGAUAGUAGAUAUCCCUAACGCCUGUACCACGAUGGGCCUGCCGAUGGAUAUCUUUGAUUUUGAUAUCUCACCUGGGGCGCCAGUUAAGAAACUUGACAUGGGAACUUGCGCUUUUGCAUCGGACUAG